AUGGAGAUCUUGACCGCCUCACUGCAGCGACUAAAAAAUGAAGAAGCCGGGCAAAAUACGGCAACAGGCCCCGGUGAACGAUUGAAUGGUUCGGAAGAUUCCACAGAAUACAACGGGACGGCCACGCCCAGCUCUGUGAAUGGUUUCAGCAGAAAAUCUUCAGCAGCUACAUGGGUUAGCCUGAAUGUUGGAGGGCAGAUUUUCCAAACUACCCGCUCCACAUUGACGCGCGAAGACGGGUUCCUUUCGAAGUUGAUCCGCGAGGACGGCGGGCUGGCCAGCGAUCGGGACGAGCGCGGCGCCUACCUGAUCGACCGGGAUCCGCAGUACUUUGCGCCGAUUCUGAAUUAUUUGCGGCACGGGAAACUCGUCGUCAAUCCGGGAAUUUCACUAGAAGGCGUCCUCCACGAGGCCGACUUCUACAACUUGCCCGGCUUGUCGCACCUCGUCCUGGAGAAGAUCAAGGUCCACAAAACGGAAGAGGCACAGCAGCGGAAGACGGUCUAUCGCGUCUUGCAAUGCCAUGGCGAGGAGCUGACGAGUUUCGUGUCGGCGCUAUCGGAUGGCUGGAGGCUUGAUCAGCUGGUGCCGGUCGCGUCAACAAUCUACACAACGGACGGCCAAAAGGAAUACCUAUGCGUCGUCUCGCAGGAAUGCCCCCAUUCCUUCUUCAACGACGAGCGCGAAAAUAUGGACCGUGCCAAGUUGUUACAGCAGCGGGCGCGCAAUAAC